AUGCUGAAAGUCCCGGGGACCAAUCGUUUUCUGUUUCUUCCAUGCCGAUUUAUCGGAACGUCCUCUCUGCCGACGAUAUAUGCUUUAUCAACACCGCCAGGGCAGCGAUCAGCGAUAGCAGUGGUUAGAAUAUCUGGAAACCAUUCAAAAUAUAUUUUACGGAGACUCACCAAUUCAGAGAAGGAACCUGUUCCCAGAGUUGCAUCUCUCAGAAGACUCUAUCAUCCAGAUCAGAAGCGAAAUCUCUUGGAUACUUCUCUGACGCUGUUCUUUGAGUCUCCCAAGACAUUCACAGGAGAAGACAUUUUAGAAUUACACUUGCAUGGGGGUAAGGCAGUUACUGGUGCUGUGCUUAAAGCGAUUGAAUCGCUCCACGAUCUAGAAAAAGGAUUCAAUAUCCGUUACGCCAAUCCUGGAGAGUUCUCGCUCAGAGCAUUUCAGAACGGUAAGUUUGAUCUCACUGAAGUAGAGGGCAUUAAGGAAUUGAUCGAUGCCGAAACUGAGACACAGCGCAAGAGCGCUUUAUCAAGCUUCAACGGCGAGAAUAAAAGUAGAUUUCUACAGUGGAGAUCCCAAAUCGUCGACAACAUCGCCAAGCUGACUGCCAUAAUAGACUUUGGAGAAGAUACGGAGAUCGAAGAUAUAGAAAGUAUUCUUACGAACGUCGAGUCGGAUAUACUUCAGCUGCGAGCAGUAAUACGGCAAUUUAUCGAGAAGAUCGAAAGAUCAAACAUUCUACGAAACGGGAUCAGAAUAGUCCUUCUUGGGCCGCCGAACGCUGGAAAAUCAUCUCUGAUCAAUACUAUCAGUCAAGACGAUAUAUCGAUCGUUUCGCAAAUUCCAGGCACGACCAGGGACGCAAUUGAAAUAGCCUUGAACAUCGGAGGCUACAAAGUCAUUAUCUGUGAUACAGCUGGUGUCAGGGAUGACUCAUCGGACGCCAUAGAAAAGAUGGGUAUCGAAAAGGCACUGAAGAAGAGCGAAUCAUGUAAUUUGUGUCUUUUGCUAGUGGACCCAAACAACACGCCUCUGAUACCAGAGAGCUUAAAGCGGCAUCUAGCCUCACCUCAUUUUCAAAGUGCCGAUAAGGUGAUUCUGAUAAACAAAAUUGACACUAUUUCUCCAGAAGAUUUAGACCAUAUUGUGCUUCGCAUCAGCCAGGAGAUAGGUCAAAAACUUCCAAUAUUACCAAUAUCUUGUCUAUCAGGCGAAGGUAUCGAGAACUUGGCCACAGAGCUGAUUACUAAAUUCCAGUUGUUGUCCGACAGCAGUGACGAGUCCAAUCCCAUCAUCGUUUCGCAGAGAGUGAGAGAAAUAUUAUCCAAUGACGUGCUAUAUGGGAUUGACGAGUUUCUAUCGUUCAAAAAGGAUGUAGUCAUGGCUUCCGAAAGUCUACGGCAUGCCGCAACAGGUAUCGGGAAGAUCACAGGAGAAGCGAUUGGCGUAGAAGAGGUAUUAGGCGUUGUAUUCUCUAGUUUCUGCGUAGGGAAGUAA